CCUAACACUAUGCACUCCUGAAUUCUCAGAGAAUCUUAAUUCUUUUCGUUCUACGCAAAGAGUUUAGUAGAUAUUUUUAUAACAAAAUGUCUGCAGUAAAGGAACGCACAAGAGAUGUGCUCAUUGACGAGACUAAUGUUAAUUUUGAAUCUCUGUUUUUAUCAUCUCCAGUGCUGCAAGCUUUAAAAGAGUAUAACUUCACCAAACCAAGUCCAAUUCAACUUAAAGCUAUUCCACUAGGAAAAUGUGGCUUAGAUUUAAUAGUUAAGUCAAAAUCAGGCACUGGGAAAACUGCUGUUUUUGCAAUCAUAGCUCUAGAAUUGAUUGAUAUUCAAAAAGAACAGCUACAAGUCUUAAUAUUAGCUCCAACUAGAGAAAUUGCUGUCCAAAGUUGUGAAGUUAUUAAUACAAUUGGAAAACAUAUCACAGGUUUAAAGGUUGAACAUUUCAUUGGUGGACUGCCUGUAAAAGAAGACACAGUCAAAUCUAAAGGAUGUCACAUUGCUGUUGGAUCCCCAGGCCGCAUAUUACACUUAAUCACAUCUGGAGCAAUCAAUGUCCAACAUGUGAAACUCUUUGUUCUUGAUGAAGCCGACAGUUUAAUGGAGAGCAGUUUCCAAUCAGACAUCAACAAGAUAUUCCACAGUUUACCACUCAACAAACAAAUGCUUGCAGUUAGUGCAACAUUUCCCAAUGAAUUAGACACUUUUCUUUCUCAAUACAUGCACAUACCAACCCAUGUCAGCCCUGUAGUGGACACACCACUGUUAUUAGGACUCAAACAUUUUGUUAGUAUCACCGCAUUCAAUGUAAACGCAUUAUUCUUAACAAAAUAUAAAAAUGCCGAGUUGAUUCGCUUAUUGACGCAUGUGUCGUUCACACAAUGUUUAAUCUUCUGUAAUUAUCAAACACGCGCAGAAGAAGUAACGAAUUUCUUGAAUACUAAUAAUUGGAAGGCUGAUUUUAUAUCGGGUGCACAAACGCAGAAACAAAGGUUGGAGGUGUUGAAGAAGUUGAAAGAGUUUCAAUGUCGCAUAUUGUUGUCUACGGAUUUGACUGCUAGAGGAAUUGAUGCGGUGAAUGUUGAUUUAGUAAUUAAUUAUGAUGUACCAAACGAUGAGAGUACUUAUUUGCAUAGAAUGGGCAGGGCUGGCAGGUAUGGGUCGAAAGGUUUAUGUAUAACAAUUGCUUCCAAAGGCGCCGAAGUAACGAAAUUUAGUGAUAUUAUCGGGGCUAUCGGUGGUUGUGAAAUGACUGUACCAGUAUUACCGAAAGAAAAUCUGCCGGAUAAUAUUUGGGAGGCCGAUAUUCAAGGUUUUGAACUUAUUAACGGAACUCUGAAACAACAAAAGUCUAAAGAUGAUAUUGUACGGUCUGUGAAUGAAAUAUUAAGAAAUACUAAUACAGAAAAUGAAAAGAAGAGAGUGGUUGAAACAAUCGAUUCAGAAACAAACGAAAAAAUGCAAUCUAACAAUGUGAAGUUUGUGGAGACAAAAGUUGUUAAUGAAAAUGUCGAAAAUCGGGAAUGCGAUGAUGAUACGACUGCUUUAUUGACGAUGUUAGCUGCUGGAAACGCCAAAAACUCUACUGUACAAUCAAAUCCAGACAAAUCAUCAAUUUUAAACAAAAAUAUCUCACUUCUAACUGUCACAGGUUUAUUGAAUGAUGACAACUUUGAUGUUGAUACGGAUCAAACAGAAACAAUUGAAAACUUUUUAACAACUUUUAAAGAGCCAACUAUUGAUGAAUCUCCUUCUGCAGAUAUUGAAGAUGUCUUUAUUCAUGCCUUUAAUUUUGCUAUUGACAAAACAAAACCAAGUUGGGCUGAUCUCUUCAAUUACAAAGAAGAACAAGAAGUGCCCACAGAGAAACCGUUCAAUUUAUUACAAGAUUUGCUUGAAUAUGUUGCCAAUGAAGAAAAUCCCGAAAUUGAUUACGAUGAUUACGCUGACAUGUGCGAGGAUUAUUGUACGGGUGGUAAUGAUGAUGAAAACAUUGAUUCUGCUGCAUAUGAAUCAAUUAAUCAACGUGUGAUGGAAUGGGUGCCAGUCAUCAAAGAUGUAGUUCCUAAAGUUGAAAAGACUCCCAACACAAAUGUUGAACGUAUUCAAAAGACUGAAGGCUGCGAUUAUCAAGAUUUAUAUGAUAAUUCUAUACAACAUUUAGAAGAAAAUUUCAACACCAUGGAGAGCGUGCCCGAAUUUGAACAAAUGUGGAGCGCGUGGCAACAACAGAUGAACAGCGUGCGUGAUUAUGUACAACAAAAUAUUUACUUGAAUGAAAUGGAAGCCUACAAAGCCGGACGGCAUGGAAAUUGAUGUUUGAUUAGCUGGCUUUGAAUGUAUCGAAAUUGUUUUGUACUUUUGUUUUAAUUUUGUGACAUCAUGGCUGCCUUGCCGAGCAAGCGUUGCCAUCGCAACGGUCAGUUAAUAAAUUAUGCGCCACUACUAAAACAUCAUAUCCACCAAA